AUGGCUGGAACUGGAUACGAUCGUCAAUUAACAAUUUUCUCACCGGAGGGGAGAUUGUAUCAAGUCGAGUACGCAUUAAAGUCUGUCAAAUGUGAGAAUUUGACGACAGUGGGGAUCUGUGGGGGUGACGCUGCUUGUAUCAUAACACAAAAAAAGUUACCUGAUAGAUUGGUCGAUCCAACUACAGUCACACACUUCCAUCGCAUAUCAAAACACGUUGGAUGCUGCCAAGCAGGUAUAUACGCUGACGGAAAGUUAAUAGCACAGCGCUCGCAAUAUAACUCAAGCAAGUUUGAGCUGGAUUACGGCUACGAGAUGCCGGUGUCUUUAGUUGCGAAGAAAACAGCAGACUUUGCACAGAUGUUAACACAACACGCUUAUAUGCGACCGUUUGGUGUGUCUUCGAUGUUCAUCGGGUGGGACGAAGAGACUGAUGCGCCUCAGUUAUGGAGAAGCGACCCAGCGGGCAGUGUUGCUGCGUUUCGUGGGUGUGCCGCAGGUGAGAAAGAACAAGAAGCGUUCAACAAUUUAGAGAAGAGGAAAGUAGCAAAGGAUAUGAAGACUGACGAUGUGAUAUGUAUGGCGAUCGACUGUUUGCAAACAGUUACAUCUUCCGAGUUCAAAGUUGGCGAUGUUGAGAUUUCUGUUGUCUCGAAAGAGCACACCGAGUUUCAUAUUCUCAAUGCAAAGGAUGUCGAGAAGUACUUGUUGAUGGCGUCCGCAAAGGACUGA